CGCGUAUUUUGUUUACUUUUUGGAACGCUGAUGUCAGCUGAUGUUCUAUUCAAGCUAGUAAACUAGGUUAUGUGUUAUGAAUUAUAGUUUUGUUUACUUAUUUGGCGACAUUCUUUAGGAAACUUGAGUGAUCUGAGGUACUCUGCCUGUGUUCCUUAAAACUUUAAAAUGUCUACUUCAGGCUUCUUUUGCUCUGUUUGUGUAAAAACAUAUGCAAACCGUUCAAAUUUAAGGACCCACAUACAAUUAUGCCACCCUGAUCAGCUUAAUGAAAUUGCUCCAAAAAAAAAGAACUAUGAUUGUGAAUUUUGUUCAGAAACUUUUAAAAACAAAAUUCUUUUCAACAGACAUCGCAAGGUUCAUACCUCAGGACUGAAAUGUCCUUUAUGUGAAGUUAUAGAUGUCAAACCGGCAUUAAUUCAACAUUUUACAUUGGUUCACAAUGUAGAUAUCAAUAUUGAACAAUUUGAUUUUCAAACAUUUGAAGAGUUUAAUAGCUGGAAGGAACAGAUAGAAGAAGAAAAUACAGUAUUCUUUAGCAAUCGACAUGGUACAGUCAAAUCUAUUACAUUUACCAGGAAAAGAUAUGAGUGCAAUAGGUCAGGAGCAUAUCAAAGCCAAAGCAAAGGCUCAAGACAUUUGAAGAAUGGUUCGAAAAGAAUGAAUGCGUAUUGUCCUGCAUCCAUAAUUCUUGAUUAUAAAAAUGGUAUUUACAAUGUUAAAUAUACAAGUACCCACAUAGGACACACAAAUGAAUUACGUCGUAUACCUCUUACAAAGACUGACAGAUUGAUUUUGGCAGAUAAAGUGGCAAAUAAGAUUCCAUUUGAUUCCAUUAUAGAAGACAUUAAAGGUUCACUUCAAGAUUCGAACUUGGAGCGAAUUCAUCUUGUCACAAAGCAGGACUUAAGGAAUAUAAAAAGAGACUUUCAUUUAGAUAAAUUAAAUAAUGAUAUAUCUAAUAUGGAAUAUCCUGAGAAGUUGCAACAAAAGAAGAAAUAUGAUUGCAAAGAAAUAUUAAAUUGCAAAAAUAAUGGAAUUAAGAGGGAUGGCUAUGGAUCUCAAAUUGCUGAUGAAUCCAACACGCUUAAACGGGGAAAGAAAACUAAAUUUAAAGAAUUUUUAAGUCUUCAAAAAUGUAAUGAUACUACCAGGGAUGACUGUGAAAUUCAAAUUGUUGAAUUGGUUGCAGGUGAUACAAAUAAUACUAAUACAGAAAAUAGUGAGACGCUUGAACCAAUGAAGAAGAAAAAAUAUAAAGAAAUUUUUAUUAAGAAUAACUGCGAUACCCAGGAUGAUGCAAAUGUUGUUCAUGAAAUAGAAGAGCUUGAGACACUUGAAGCUAGUAAUGAAAUUCAAGAAUUUUUAAGUCGUUACGAAAGUAUUGACAUUGUCGAGGAUAAUAAUGAUAUAGAAAUUGCAGGUGCUGCUUUCGAAUUGGUUGUAGAUGAUUUUGUACACUUGGUUGUAGAUAAUGAUACUAUAAAAUUGAUUGAAGAAAACCUAAAUUAUGGUAUUAACUUGGAAAAACGUGAGACACUCGAAAAACUGAAAGAAAAAAUGAAGAAAACAUUUCUCGAGGCUUUGGAUAAAGCGACUACGUAUGAACAGUGCGAAUUGAUACGUAAAAUAAUUGCUCCAUUGCAUCCUACGCUGGAUAAAUGUAAUCCAAAGGGAGAAAUAGAAGAAGAAUUUGAUUUUACCCCAGCUAAAUGUAUUGUAGAGGAAAGAACACAAAAAGAAUUGGAUCCAACGUUGGCUAAAUGUAUUUCAGAGAAAGGAACAGAAGUAUUGGAUUCUAAGCUGGUUAAAUGUAUUCCAAAGGAAGUAAUAGAAAAAGAAUUAUAUUAUAUACCGGCUAAAUGUAUUUCAAAGCAGGAAACAAAAAAAGAUUUGGGACCUACAUCGGCUAAAUGUAAGCCAAAGAAAGGAAAAAAUAAAAUAUUGCACCCUGCGCUGGCUAAAUGUAUUUCAGAUGAUGGAACACAAAAUGAAUUAGAUCCAACGCCAGCCAAAUGUAUUUCAGAUAAAGGAACAGAAGUAUUGGAUUCUAUGCUGGUUAAAUGUAUUCCAAAGGAAGUAAUAGAAAAAGAAUUAUAUCAUAUACCGGCUAAAUGUAUUUCAACGGAGGAAACAAAAAAAGAUUUAGGACCUACAUCGGCUAAAUGUAAGCCAGAGAAAGGAAAAAAUAAACUAUUGCACCCUGCGCUGGAUAAAUGUAUUUCAGAUGAUGGAACACAGAAUGAAUUAGAUCCAACGCCAGCGAAAUGUAUUCCAGAGAAAGGAACAGUAGAAGAAUUGGAUCCUACUUCAGGCGAAUCAAAAAAUCGCCUAAAUUGUAAACAAAAGGAAUUAAUAACUCCUACUUUAGACGUUUUAAAAAAUCGACUAAGUCAUGAUCAAAAGCAAUCUGCCAUAACGCUGAACUAUAAACCAUUAGCGUAUAAAUGUAUACUUAUUAAAAAGAAAAGCUAAUGUUUCAAGAAAAUCAAUACAAUACAUUAUUUUCAUAAAA